CUCCGAUACCACGAAUUGCAUAUUCUUUUUGUUCUUUCUUCUCUACUCUGUCUACUCAGUUCUUUUGAUUCCUUGGCUGUAUUGCUUUUCUCAACCAUUUCUGCUACCCAUAAUGUCCGGAUACGAUCGAGCUCUUUCAGUUUUCAGCCCUGAUGGGCACGUCUUCCAGGUUGAAUAUGCCAUGGAAGCCGUCAAGAGAGGAACUUGCGCUGUCGGUGUAAAAGGAAAGGAUGUCGUCGUACUGGGCUGCGAGAAACGCUCCGCUCUGAAACUCCAAGAUACCCGCAUUACACCCUCGAAGAUCGCCGUGCUGGACAACCAUGUCGUCCUCGCCUUUGCCGGACUGAACGCCGACGCUCGCAUUCUUAUUGACAAAGCUCGUUUAGAAGCCCAGUCACACCGCCUUACUGUCGAGGACCCCGUCACGAUCGAAUACAUCACCAAAUACAUUGCUGGCGUGCAGCAGCGGUACACACAGAGCGGAGGUGUUCGGCCCUUUGGUAUCAGCACCUUGGUUGUUGGAUUUGACCCGAACGACAAGACACCUAGGCUAUACCAGACAGAGCCAUCGGGUAUCUAUUCUGCGUGGAAAGCCAAUGCUAUUGGUCGUUCUAGCAAGACUGUUCGCGAGUUCCUCGAGCGCAACCACCAGGAUGAUAUGGACCGCGAACAGACAAUUCAGCUCACCAUCAAGUCGUUGCUGGAGGUGGUGCAGACCGGGGCCAAGAACAUUGAGGUGGCUAUCAUGUCGCCCGGUAAGACGAUCGAGAUGCUUCCAGAUGACCAGAUCGAGUCCUACGUCAAGAGCAUAGAAACGGAGAAGCAGGAGGAGGCUGCGAAGAAGAAAACCGGUCGAUCCGGCACCACCACCGCGGCUAUUCUAACCCGGUCUGGUGGAGGGGAGGCUGGUGAGACGUCCCGGGAGUAGACUUGGGAGCAGCUGCGACCUGAUUAGAAGGGGCUACGUGGGCUACGUUGACCUAUGAGACUAGUGCUUUUAUCUGUUUAAUCUCUGGAAUAAUAUCUUUGCCGAAGCGAGCAAUUUACGAAAAAAUAAGAAACCGGUUGCGAAAGUAUACACCGGGAUAUCUAAUCCGGUUUGCACAAGGGGCGUGUAGCGAC